AUGGCUACUACAGCGGAAACAGCCCAUGCUGCUCCUACCGCUUCAGCUAUUCAGCCUGUCGUCCAGCAGAGCAUCAAGGACGAAACUUUGAGCUGCCAGUGGGCUGGGUGUGGGGAGAAGGCGCAGACUCCCGAACAACUCUAUGAUCAUGUCUGCGAACGCCAUGUCGGUCGGAAGAGCACCAAUAAUUUGAACCUCACUUGCCAGUGGGGAACCUGUCGAACCACCACUGUCAAGCGCGACCAUAUUACCUCUCAUAUCCGUGUCCAUGUCCCGUUGAAGCCCCACAAGUGCGAUUUCUGCGGCAAGGCAUUUAAGCGUCCUCAGGACUUGAAGAAACAUGUAAAGACUCAUGCUGAUGACUCGGUCCUCCUUCGCUCGCCCGACCCGGCUGCUGGGCGGCAUCGCGAUCUUGGGUACCGCAUGGAUCCUACUGGAAAAUUAAACAACGAACUUCAAGCCUUAGCAGCUACUGCUUCUGGAUACUAUGACACGUCGAUGCACACUGGUUACGGACAUGCUCCCUCUGCCACUGGUGGCGGUUACUAUGCUGCUCAAGCUCCCAGCUCCUCGACCUUUGGUCCAGUUUAUUACUCGCUUGGAAGUACUGCAGAGGUGGGCAAUGCUGCGUCGUACGAGACCCGAAAGCGUGGGCUCGAUGCACUGAACGAAUUCUUCGGCGAUGCCAAACGUCGUCAGAUCGACCCAAACUCGUAUGCCGAAGUUGGUCACCGUCUCACGAGUCUGCAAGGCGUCCCACUUUCCUUGCAAAACGGUGCAUUUGCUUCUGAAUACCACCACGUCCCUUCUCCCGUCGCUGCUUCUGCUGGAGGACAAGGACCGGUUCUUCAUCACCAGUAUUCCUUGCCACCGAUGCCAAAUCUUCGCACCAAGAGCGACCUUCUCAACGUGGACCAAUUCCUGGAGCAAAUGCAGGCCACUGUCUAUGAAAGCUCAAAUCAAGCUGCGGCCGCUGGUGUUGCUCAACCCGGUGUUCACUAUGUCCAUGGCGGCUUGAAUUUCCGGCAGAGUCACUCUCCCCCGCAAGCGCCAGCUCACACCGCUCUUCAUACUGGUUCGAGCCACGCAGCCAAUGCUCCGAGCACACACUCCCACGUCGCAAGCGGCGCCUCUGCACAAGGUGGCACUCCAGCUCUGACGCCGGCCUCAAGCGCCAUGUCUUACACGUCUGGUCAUUCCCCCUCGUCCGCUCACUCGGGUCAUCGCCUGUCCCCUCUUCCCCGCGAGUCGUCCUCCAGCAUGUACCCUCAUCUGCCGGCCGUGAGUGCCUCGGGUGACGCUUCCUCUGGUUAUUCUGCCCCGAUGACUGGCCAUGCUCCAGCCUCUACCUUGGGUACCAUGUUUGAGGAACCGCGCCGUCGCUUCUCUGGCGGUACUUUGCAGGCUGCGUCUCGGCCUAGUCGCUCUGACGGUUCUCGCUCGCCCUCUGAAGAAGUUGCCACGCCGCCCGCGAGAGAGACCAACAAGGAAAGUGGCAAUGCCACCUCUUCAGUUAUUGACCCUGCACUUGCCGAGGCCGCCCAGUCUCCUACUACGCAGUCGGAAACCGCCGAAGACCGCGCUCAAGAAAGCUGGGUCGAAAACAUUCGUACCAUUGAAGCUUUGCGAAACAUUAUCAGUGCCAAACUUCAACAUCGUGAGUAUGAAGAAGAAGAUGAGCCAAUGGCUGACCGUGAGCCGACGCAUGAGGAUGAGGUCCGCACGCCUACUGGCCAUUUUAGCAGGGACGAGGAUCGUGAGAUGACUGAAGCCGAGAGGGAUGCGCAGAGCCUGUACCCCGUCUUGCGUGAAGUCGGAGCUGCCGAUUAA